AUGAUGCACAAGCAACGAUACACACUGCCCGUCGUGGCCACUCUCGCCACCAUCCUCUCCAUUUCUUCAAUCGCCCAAGCAGAUCGCGUGUUCUUGACAAAGCCGACCGACAACACUGACAUCUUUGCAGGAUGCCCUGUCGACCUCGGGUUCAGGGUCCAAUACUCUGACCUGGCGAUGCUAAAGACCGUCCAACUCCAGGUCCUGGGAGCCGAUAACUCUGUCCUCAUCGAUAACCUCGGGGUUACUUCCAGGACCGAGUGGGGUGAAACUCGCAUGAAAGAUAUCCCUUGGACAGUGCCUGCGGACUGGACACCCGGCGAUUACAUUGUGCGAGCGUUCGGGGAUGCAACUUACCCCUGUACUCAGGACGGACAUCAUACCCGCUGCUCACUUGUCCUUGAGGACCGCGAGACUGUUCAUCUGAAGCCUCUGGAUGAUGGUAGUCAGGGAUGUCCCACUGUCACAAAGACCUUGAUCGGCGGUGAUACUCAGUCAAGCAACUCGACACAAUCCUCCGAGAGUGGACAGGAGAUUGCGUCUAGUGACCCUACAAACACAAGCAACUCCCAAGACAAGACCGAUACCCCAAGCACCAGCAUCAACAACAGCAGUAACAAUGCCUUCCCGUCGAACAGCACAGGAACAGAGGCAGGCGGAAUAGAGGGCUCAUCAACACAACUCCACAUCAUCCUGAACCAAGCAACCCUCGAACGCAUCCAAGACCAAGCCAUUCGCAAGGUUCUGAACGACACCCUGGACUACAACCUCCUCAACGCAACCGUGACGCUCUUGAAUGGCACCGUUAUCCCCAUGUCUGACCUCAUGGACGACUCGACCUCGACACGCUUCAUCCAAACCCUCGAAACCACCAAUGCUACCCUCGCCAGUCGUCCCAAUAGUACUGCCAACACCAACAAUAACAGUACAGAACUGCCUCACGUCUUGGGAACUGCAGAACUGAUCGAGGCCCUUCACAAGGACAGUUCCCUGAUCCAGACACCCAAAUCUUCCAACUCCACAGAGAGCUUUACACUGGGUCACAACAACACGGGUACGAAUCCAUCAGGACGCCAGUUUUCACAGGAGGAUAGUGACCAGAUCCAGGACAAGUCCAAGGAGGCUUCUGGACACAUGUCUGCACAGAUGAGCGGGCGGCUGUGUGUGCUCGCAGGGUUGAUUCUUAUGGCAGGCUCGUGGGUUCUCUGA